AUGCAAUCGCGAGUGAAGUUGACCCUGCUGGUCAUCCUGUGGAUUGCGGCAGUGUUGCCUUACCACCCGGCAUGCGCUACGUCCGAUUCCGGCCUUCCCGACUUCGAAAUGGACGACGGAAAGGACGAGGCGGACGACUACUACUACGUGAACGAUGGUAGCGAUCAGCAGAUGCAACCGUCGCAUAAGAUCAUCAGCUACGCGAAGCCACCACCACCGCCACCGGAACCGGCAGAGGCGGUGGCACCGGACCACCAGCCCCAGGACACGCUGGAACCGUUCUUGAUGGAAGACGACGACACCAGCUUCGAGGUGAUGGACGACGUUGAGUUCGUCGAACAAGGUACUAUGGACUUCCAGCGGAAGGCUGAGCGCAUGAAGCGCAUCAUGCUGAAGGCGUUCGCCAACCGAGAGUUCCAGCGAAAGUUCGGCGAGGUGCUGCCGCUGCUGAAGGUGAUGUCCAAAACGCAGAAGUCUACGCUGGCUGCACUCAUUACGGCGCAGGUGAACUCGCGCGAAGGCCACACACUGACGCUGGAGCAGGUCAAGUCGAUGUUUGGCAACCGGCCCGAGCUGAUUCUACCCCUCGUGUACGAUAUCGCCAACAUGAUCCGGACCGUGGCGAAGAAGGAGAGCCUUCUGUUCGAACAGCAGCAGCAGCAACACCAUCUGGAGCUCCCCGGUGAAGACGAAGGUCCGCAGGAAGAUGAAGGCGUCCUCUCCAACCAUCUGCUACGGCGAAGCUUUAGCAUCCGCUCGGAACCGCACGGAUUUCGUAGGCAUGAGACGCCGGUCGCUUCCAACCUUCAGGACGGUCGGCUGAUGGUGGAUAUGUCGGAUGAGGCCCAGGUACGCCCGAUCGAAGCCAACAGCUCCGAGUCGAGCAGGGCGGCCCGCAACGAGCCCGUGCCGUUCUUCGAGAAGCUCGUCCAAGCGCUGCCCCGAUUCAACAUCCAGCGUACGCACGACAAGUCCGACGACCGCAUGACGUACCACGAGCGGAAGCUCAACAUGACCGCCUUCAACGCGUCCGCCAGCCAAAGGGACCAGCUGGCGAUGGCUUCCGACGGGCCGAUCCCCGUGACGCUGCCCAAGGUGUCCCCCAAGCAGAACGCACCCGUCUCCCCGGCACCGAUCGCAACGACCACCGCCCUCAGUCCAACAACGGCCGAACCUAAGCUGACGCUCGAGCAAAUCGAGGACCUUGCGUUCGCCGGCCUGAACGGCACGGAAGUGGACGCUGUCAACGCUGUUGGAGCGGUCCACGGGAAUGCAUCCUCCACCGGGGGUCCCGUGGCGGAGAUGCUGAUCGGAAAUCGGCAACGGCCUCAGGGAAUGCACGCGCUGCUACCGAGUGAAAACUGCGAGCACUUCUCCGGAGGUGUUUGCAUCCGGGUCGCCAACUAUCCCAUGUCCGAGAUCAUGUACAGCAUCACGCGCCACCGGCACGCGAUCGGGGCCCUGCUGGCCGAGUACAUCGACAAGGCGAGCGCCCAGGACAGGACCGCUUACGAACCGGACGAGAUCGAGCAGGGCAUCAACACGAAGCUGAGAAAGCGAGAGGAUGACCCGUCCAAGUCGGGCGGCAGCAUGUGCCCGAGCAUCAUCCGGUACGCGCGACCCCAGAAGGCCCGCUCGGCGACGGGCGAGUGGAAGUACAUCGUCAACACCGGCGAGCACACGCAGACGCUCCGACUCGAGAAGUGCAGCACUCCGCAAGACUCGUGCACCUACCUGACGGACAACUUCCGGUCGCGGUGCGUGCAGAUAUACAACUACCAUCGGCUGCUGAGCUGGGACGCGGCCCGCGGACUGCAUGUCGACAUCUUCAAGGUGCCCACCUGCUGCUCGUGCCACAUCGAUGGCUACCGGGAGACGUUCCCGCCGCUCACCAGCUACAACGACUUCAAGUCCAAGAUCCACGAGGACCCGCACGAGUCGGCGUCGACGUUGAUCCGAGCGAAUACGCCGCACCAUCACCAGCACCAUGGCGCGAACCAUCACGGCCACUACUCGACGCUUCAGUUCGAUCAGGUCGACGACGACGAGCCGGACGACAACAUCGCCUACCAGUUCUCCAACGGGUUCCAGCGCGUUAAGCCCCCCAAGUACGAGAGUGCGCUGCAUCUCCCAGCGGCCGUACCACCACCUCCGGCACCCUCGAAGACUCGCUUCGAGCGACCACCUGCCAAGCAUCCGGCGGGUCCGGCGAAACCGAAGCAUCCGCACUUCAUCCCACCGCCCACGCUUGACACGUACCUAAGCCCUCCGCCGAACGAUCUCGCCUACGGCAUCCCCUUCAAGCGCAGCGGCCCGCACUACAAUCCGACGGAAAAUGCGCUGAAGCGGGCGGGCAACGUUGGUGGAGGCAAUCGGCGUCCGCUGCGGAAAACGCUCCCCGGCGUCCACUCGUCACUCGACCAGAACAUCGCCGAGACGGAUUCGCGCAUCAAUCAGGUCGCCGUACUGCCACCCAAGCUGACCGACCAGCUUUCCCAGACGCAGGCACAGACCAUCAUCGAUCGGCAUCGGCGGCGGCAGCAAACGACACCACAGACGCCACUCACCACCAUGCAGCAGCAGCAGUACAUCUACCGGGUAUCGCACCAGCAGGUAACGCCCGCCCUGGCCACCAUCAUCCCCACGGUGCCACUGUCCACCGUUCCCGAGCCCCAGCCACCGCAGAGCACGAUCAGCACGAGCACAACGACGGCGGCGGCGACCAACGGCCAUCAGCGCAUCAACUACAACUACCACCCGAUCAUCGACUUCUUCGAGGAGGCGCGCGAGGAGCAGGAGGAGGACGAGCAGACGAUCGGUGACUCCACGCAGGAGCAGAUCGAUCGGAUCGGGCUCAACAGCCACACGUCGCUGAACAGCUGGAAACCCGUCAUCAACGGGAGGACCACGCGGUUUCACUAG